AGCAGCGGCCGCCGGGGCGGAGCCUGCGACGAGCAGGUCCCGGACUCUCGAGCGCCCCGCCCCCGCGCGGGCGAUGCCGAGCGGCGCGGCGGGCAGCGGGGCCCGGCGGGGCGUGCAGAGGAGCGGGCCGCGGCGCUGAGGCGGCGGAGCGCGGCCCGGCCAUGGGCUUCCUGCACCAGCUGCAGCUGUUGCUCUGGAAGAACGUGACGCUGAAGCGCCGGAGCCCGUGGGUCCUGGCUUUUGAGAUCUUCAUCCCGCUGGUCCUCUUCUUCAUCCUGCUGGGGUUGCGGCAGAAGAAGCCCACCAUCUCCGUGAAGGAAGCUUUCUACACGGCAGCACCCCUGACAUCUGCCGGCAUCCUGCCAGUCAUGCAGUCGCUUUGCCCGGACGGCCAACGUGAUGAGUUUGGCUUCCUGCAAUAUGCCAACUCCACGGUCACCCAGCUUCUAGAACGCCUCAACCGUGUCGUGGAAGAGGGCAACUUGUUUGACCCAGUGCGACCCAGUCUAGGCUCAGAGCUUGAGGCCCUGCGCCAACAUCUGGAGGCCCUCAGCUCAGGCCCUAGCACCUGGGAGAGCCGCUCGGCCAGCCCUGCAGUUUCGUCCUUCCGUCUGGACUCGGUGGCCAGGGACCAGAAUGAGCUUUGGCGUUUCCUGACGCAGAACCUGUCACUGCCUAACAGCACGGCCCAGGCCCUCCUGGCUGCCCGUGUGGAUCCUUCCGAGGUCUAUCAUUUGCUUUUUGGUCCUUUGCCUGCCCUGGAUGGGAAGUUGGGUUUCCUCAGGAAGCAUGAGCCGUGGAGUCGCCUGGGUAGCAAUCCUCUGUACCAAAUGGAGGAACUGCUGCUGACUCCUGCCCUCCUGGAGCAGCUCACAUGUGCACCAGGCUCUGGGGAGCUGGGUCGGAUUCUUACCAUGCCUGAGGGUCAUCAGGUAGACCUGCAGGGCUACCGGGAUGCCGUCUGCAGUGGGCCGGCUAUGGCUCGUGCCCAGCGCUUCAGUGAUCUGGCCACUGAACUCCGGAACCAGCUGGACAUGGCCAAGAUUGCCCAGCAGCUGGGCUUGGAUGUCCCGAACGGCUCAGACCCCCAGCAGCAGGCACCAUCCCCACGGAGCCUGCAGGCACUCUUAGGGGACCUGCUGGAUGCCCAGAAAGUUCUACAGGAUGUGGAUGUCCUGUCAGCCCUAGCCCUGCUGCUGCCCCAGGGUGCCUGUGCUGGUCGGGCCCCUGCACCCCAAGCUAGCGGCCUGACCGGAGUGGCCAACAGCACUGUGACGGGGGCAAACACAGGUCCCAACAGCACCGCUGAGGAGGGCACCCAGUCACCUGUAACCCCAGCCUCCCCCGACACUCUGCAAGGCCAGUGCUCCGCCUUUGUGCAGCUCUGGGCUGGCUUGCAGCCCAUCUUGUGUGGCAACAACCGCACCAUUGAGCCUGAAGCGCUUCGGAGGGGUAACAUGAGCUCCUUGGGGUUCACAAGCAAAGAGCAGCGGAACCUGGGCCUUCUUGUGCACCUCAUGACCAGCAACCCCAAAAUCCUGUAUGCACCAGCGGGCUCUGAAGCUGACCGUGUUAUCCUCAAGGCCAAUGAGACCUUUGCCUUUGUGGGCAAUGUGACACACUAUGCCGAGGUCUGGCUUAACAUCUCCGCGGAGAUCCGAAGCUUCCUGGAGCAAGGCAGGCUGCAGCAGCAUCUACAUUGGCUGCAGCAGUAUGUGGCCGAUCUGCGCCUGCACCCUGAAGCGAUGAACCUGUCCCUGGAGGAGCUGCCACCUGCCCUGCGCCAGGACAACUUCUCACUGCCCAAUGGCACAGCUCUCCUGCAGCAGCUAGACACAAUUGACAACGCAGCCUGUGGCUGGAUCCAGUUCAUGUCCAAGGUGCGGUGGGUGAGCACUGUGACCACCCUUUCCCCCUGUGCAUUUUCAGGGCUUGCUCCAACGAUGGCCCCUUUCCAGGUGAGUGUGGACAUCUUCAAGGGUUUUCCUGAUGAGGAGAGUAUUGUCAAUUACACGCUCAACCAGGCUUACCAGGAUAACGUCACAGUGUUUGCCAGCGUGAUCUUCCAGACCCGGAAGGAUGGCUCCCUCCCUCCACACGUGCAUUACAAGAUUCGCCAGAACUCAAGCUUCACCGAGAAAACCAAUGAGAUCCGACGUGCUUAUUGGCGCCCGGGGCCCAACACUGGUGGCCGCUUCUACUUCCUCUAUGGCUUCGUCUGGAUCCAGGACAUGAUGGAGCGUGCCAUUAUCAACACUUUUGUGGGGCAUGACGUGGUGGAGCCUGGCAACUAUGUGCAGAUGUUCCCGUACCCCUGCUACACGCGUGAUGACUUCCUGUUUGUCAUCGAGCACAUGAUGCCACUCUGCAUGGUGAUCUCUUGGGUCUACUCCGUGGCCAUGACCAUCCAGCAUAUCGUGGCAGAGAAAGAACAUCGGCUCAAGGAGGUGAUGAAGACGAUGGGCCUGAACAACGCCGUGCACUGGGUGGCCUGGUUCAUCACAGGCUUUGUGCAGCUGUCCAUCUCCGUGACGGCUUUGACGGCCAUCCUCAAGUACGGCCAGGUGCUCAUGCACAGCCACGUGCUCAUCAUCUGGCUCUUCCUCGCGGUCUAUGCUGUGGCCACGAUCAUGUUCUGCUUCCUGGUGUCUGUGCUGUACUCCAAGGCUAAGUUGGCGUCAGCCUGCGGCGGCAUCAUCUACUUCCUGAGCUAUGUUCCCUACAUGUAUGUGGCAAUCCGUGAGGAAGUGGCCCAUGAUAAAAUCACGGCCUUCGAGAAGUGCAUUGCGUCCCUGAUGUCCACAACAGCCUUUGGCCUGGGCUCCAAGUACUUUGCGCUGUAUGAGGUGGCAGGUGUGGGUAUCCAGUGGCAUACAUUCAGCCAGUCCCCAGUGGAAGGGGAUGACUUCAACCUGCUCCUUGCUGUCACCAUGCUUAUGGUGGAUACAGUGGUCUACGGCGUCCUAACCUGGUACAUUGAGGCUGUGCACCCAGGCAUGUAUGGGCUGCCCCGGCCCUGGUACUUCCCACUGCAGAAGUCCUAUUGGCUGGGCAGUGGACGGACAGAGGCCUGGGAGUGGAACUGGCCAUGGGCGCACACACCACGCCUCAGCGUUAUGGAGGAAGACCAAGCCUGUGCCAUGGAGAGCCGGCACUUUGAGGAGACGCGCGGUAUGGAGGAGGAGCCCACCCACCUGCCCUUGGUCGUCUGUGUGGACAAGCUCACCAAGGUCUACAAGAACGACAAGAAGCUGGCCUUAAACAAACUGAGCCUCAAUCUCUAUGAGAACCAGGUGGUCUCGUUCCUAGGCCAUAACGGGGCUGGCAAGACCACUACCAUGUCUAUCCUGACUGGACUGUUCCCACCCACGUCGGGCUCAGCCACUAUCUAUGGGCACGACAUCCGCACAGAGAUGGAUGAGAUCCGCAAGAACCUGGGCAUGUGCCCGCAGCACAAUGUGCUCUUCGACCGACUCACUGUGGAGGAACACCUCUGGUUCUACUCACGCCUCAAGAGCAUGGCGCAAGGGGAGAUCCGCAAAGAGAUGGACAAGAUGAUUGAGGACUUGGAGCUCUCCAAUAAACGGCACUCCCUGGUGCAGACGCUGUCUGGAGGCAUGAAGCGCAAGCUCUCGGUGGCCAUUGCCUUUGUGGGUGGCUCCAGGGCCAUUAUCUUGGAUGAGCCCACCGCCGGCGUGGACCCCUAUGCCCGCCGUGCCAUCUGGGACCUCAUCCUGAAGUACAAGCCAGGCCGCACCAUCCUCCUGUCCACCCACCACAUGGAUGAGGCCGACCUGCUGGGGGACCGAAUUGCCAUCAUCUCCCACGGCAAGCUCAAGUGCUGCGGCUCUCCCCUCUUUCUCAAGGGUGCCUACGGUGAUGGGUACCGCCUCACGUUGGUCAAGCGGCCUGCAGAGCCUGGCACCUCCCAAGAGCCAGGGCUGGUCUCCAGCCCCCCAGGUCGUGCUCAGCUGAGCAGCUGCUCGGAGCCCCAGGUGUCCCAGUUCAUCCGUAAGCAUGUGGCCUCUUCCCUGCUGGUCUCAGACACGAGCACAGAACUCUCCUACAUCCUGCCCAGUGAGGCUGUCAAGAAGGGGGCCUUCGAGCGCCUCUUCCAGCAACUGGAGCACAGCCUGGAUGCAUUGCAUCUGAGCAGUUUUGGGCUGAUGGAUACAACCCUGGAGGAAGUGUUCCUCAAGGUGUCUGAGGAGGACCAGUCCCUGGAGAACAGUGAGGCUGAUGUGAAGGAAUCCCGGAAGGAUGUGCUGCCUGGGGCAGAGGGCCUGACAACUGUGGAGGGUCAAGCUGGCAACCUGGCUCGGUGCUCAGAGCUAGCCCAGUCACAGGCAUCGCUGCUGUCUGCAUCCUCUGUGGGCUCUACCCGCGGUGAGGAGGGCACUGGCUACGCCGAUGUCUACGGUGACUACCGUCCCCUCUUUGACAACUUGCAGGACCCAGACAAUGUCAGCUUACAAGAGGCCGAAAUGGAGGCCCUGGCUCGGGUAGGCCAGGGAAGCCACAAGCUGGAGGGCUGGUGGCUGAAGAUGCGGCAGUUCCACGGGCUCCUGGUGAAACGCUUCCACUGUGCUCGCCGAAACUCGAAAGCUCUCUGCUCUCAGAUUCUGCUGCCUGCCUUCUUUGUCUGUGUGGCCAUGACCGUAGCAUUGUCUGUCCCUGAGAUCGGCGACCUGCCUCCACUGGUCCUGUCACCUUCUCAGUACCACAACUACACCCAGCCCCGUGGCAACUUCAUCCCCUAUGCUAAUGAGGAACGCAGGGAGUACCGAUUACGGCUGUCACCUGAUGCUAGCCCCCAGCAGUUGGUGAGCACGUUUCGGCUACCCUCUGGUGUGGGUGCCACUUGUGUGCUCAAGUCUCCUGCCAACGGCUCCCUGGGGCCCAUGCUGAACCUUAGCAGUGGAGAGUCCCGCCUGCUGGCCGCACGGUUCUUCGACAGCAUGUGCCUGGAGUCCUUCACACAGGGACUGCCGCUCUCCAACUUUGUGCCACCCCCACCCUCACCCGCCCCUUCCGACUCACCCGUGUCCCCGGAUGAGGACUCACUCCAGGCCUGGAACACCUCCCUGCCGCCUACCAGUGGACCAGAGACAUGGACAUCGGCCCCUUCUCUGCCACGCCUCGUGCGUGAGCCUGUCCGCUGUACCUGCUCUACACAGGGCACAGGCUUCUCUUGCCCCAGCAGUGUGGGUGGGCAUCCGCCCCAGAUGAGAGUAGUCACAGGCGACAUCCUGACCGACAUCACCGGCCACAAUGUCUCUGAGUACCUGCUCUUCACAUCUGACCGUUUCCGGCUACACCGAUAUGGAGCCAUUACCUUUGGCAAUGUCCAGAAGUCCAUCCCAGCCUCCUUUGGUGCCCGGGCCCCCCCUAUGGUGCGGAAGAUCGCAGUGCGAAGGGUGGCCCAGGUGCUCUACAAUAACAAGGGCUACCACAGCAUGCCCACCUACCUCAACAGCCUCAACAAUGCCAUCCUGCGUGCAAACUUGCCCAAGAACAAGGGAAACCCAGCAGCCUACGGCAUCACCGUCACCAACCACCCCAUGAACAAGACCAGUGCUAGCCUCUCCCUGGAUUACCUGCUGCAGGGCACAGACGUGGUCAUCGCCAUCUUUAUCAUCGUGGCCAUGUCCUUCGUGCCAGCCAGUUUCGUGGUCUUCCUGGUGGCAGAAAAAUCCACUAAGGCCAAGCACUUGCAGUUCGUCAGCGGGUGCAACCCUGUCAUCUACUGGCUAGCCAACUACGUGUGGGACAUGCUCAAUUACCUGGUCCCGGCCACCUGCUGUGUCAUCAUCCUCUUUGUGUUUGACCUCCCGGCUUACACAUCGCCCACCAACUUCCCAGCGGUGCUCUCCCUGUUCCUGCUCUAUGGGUGGUCCAUCACACCCAUCAUGUACCCAGCCUCCUUCUGGUUUGAGGUCCCCAGCUCAGCCUAUGUGUUCCUCAUCGUCAUCAACCUUUUCAUCGGCAUCACAGCCACUGUGGCCACCUUCCUUCUGCAGCUCUUUGAGCAUGACAAGGAUCUGAAGGUUGUCAACAGCUACCUGAAAAGUUGCUUCCUCAUCUUCCCCAACUACAACCUGGGCCACGGACUCAUGGAGAUGGCCUACAACGAGUACAUCAACGAAUACUAUGCCAAGAUCGGCCAGUUUGACAAGAUGAAGUCACCAUUUGAGUGGGACAUUGUCACACGUGGACUGGUGGCCAUGACAGUUGAGGGCUUCGUGGGAUUCUUCCUCACAAUCAUGUGCCAGUAUAACUUCCUGCGGCAGCCACAACGCCUGCCUGUGUCUACUAAACCUGUGGAGGAUGACGUGGAUGUGGCCAGUGAGCGGCAGAGAGUGCUCCGUGGGGAUGCCGACAACGACAUGGUCAAGAUUGAGAACCUGACCAAGGUGUACAAGUCUCGGAAGAUUGGCCGUAUCCUGGCAGUGGACCGCCUGUGCCUGGGUGUGCGCCCUGGAGAAUGCUUUGGGCUCCUCGGUGUCAAUGGAGCAGGGAAGACCAGCACCUUCAAGAUGCUGACCGGUGACGAGAGCACGACAGGGGGCGAGGCCUUUGUCAAUGGACACAGUGUGCUCAAGGACCUGCUUCAGGUGCAGCAGAGCCUCGGCUACUGCCCGCAGUUCGAUGCCCUGUUUGACGAGCUCACAGCUCGGGAACACCUACAGCUGUACACACGGCUGCGUGGCAUCCCCUGGAAGGAUGAAGCAAAGGUGGUGAAGUGGGCCCUGGAGAAGCUGGAACUGACAAAGUAUGCAGACAAGCCAGCUGGCACCUACAGUGGUGGCAACAAGCGGAAGCUAUCCACAGCCAUUGCACUCAUCGGGUACCCUGCCUUCAUCUUCCUGGAUGAGCCCACUACUGGCAUGGACCCUAAGGCCAGGCGCUUCCUGUGGAACCUCAUUCUGGACCUCAUCAAGACAGGACGCUCAGUGGUGCUGACAUCACACAGCAUGGAGGAGUGUGAGGCUCUGUGCACGCGGCUGGCCAUCAUGGUGAACGGACGAUUGCGCUGCCUGGGCAGCAUCCAGCACCUCAAGAAUAGGUUUGGGGAUGGCUACAUGAUCACUGUGAGGACCAAAAGCAGCCAGAAUGUGAAGGACGUGGUGCGGUUCUUCAACCGGAACUUCCCAGAGGCCAUGCUCAAGGAACGGCAUCACACGAAGGUGCAGUACCAGCUCAAGUCAGAGCACAUCUCCCUGGCUCAGGUGUUCAGCAAGAUGGAGCAGGUAGUGGGUGUGCUGGGCAUUGAGGACUACUCUGUCAGCCAGACCACCCUGGACAAUGUGUUUGUGAACUUUGCCAAGAAGCAGAGUGACAACGUGGAGCAGCAAGAGGCUGAACCCUCGACCUUGCCGUCCCCCCUUGGACUCCUCAGCCUGCUGAGGCCCCGCUCUACACCCACGGAGCUCCGGGCACUGGUGGCUGAUGAGCCUGAGGACCUGGACACAGAGGAUGAGGGCCUCAUCAGCUUUGAGGAAGAGCGGGCCCAGCUCUCCUUCAACACGGACACGCUCUGCUGACCAUCAAGAACCAAGUCAGGGAUGCACCUGUGGGGGGCAGAAGUCAGGUGGUGGCUGUCGUCACACACGCCAGGCCCUGGAAAGGCAGGUUCAGGACCAAAGGGCUCCCGCCCUCCUCCCAGCUACCACCAUCCUUGCCUCGUCCUGCGGUCACUCUGGCCGCCCUCCCCGAAUUGUGCCAAAGGCUGGCCUGGCCCUGGGCUGCACAUACCCUCACCCUGCUUUGCCUUAAAGCCUUGGGUCUUGGCCCAGCCCCUUACCCUACCCGGCACCAUCCACCUUCCCGGGGUGACAUGGGCUGCCCCAGGCAUCCUGUGACCCUUCUCUGCAGCGGCCCCGAGUCUACCCAGGCCAGCAUCUUGCACAGAUGUCUUUUCUUGGACAUCCCUGACUGCAGGAGGGGGCUGGGCAGCUUGCCUACUUACUUUGCUUUAAGAGCCUCCCUCGCUCUGCUGUUGUGAAGAAGGUAGGCCACCCACGGGAAGCCAUGCGUGUGGUUGUCUCAGGCCUGGUGGAAGAGCAGGAAUGGAGAAGCUGGGCUUGCUGGCCAGGCGAGGGGCCACUGCUCCCUCCCUGUCCCCUCAAGCUGCCUUUGCUCUCUCAUCCAGCUUGGCCCUUCCCGCCACCCACCUGGGAGCGGGAUCUUGUAUAUAGCGCACAGAUGUUUGUUUUCAAUAAAUAAGCGAAAAAAGCC